CACGGGCACUAACUGUAGUGAAAGCCUCCACUAAUUUUUCAGUGCGCUCUCUCACAACGUUCUAUCUGGUCUCCAUAAUGCUGAAUGGACGAUAUGGCUCUCAUCGUCUCAACACCAACACUGAAAUUUUCCUUUCGCCCGCACAUCGCCAGCCUCGUCUAGGACGUAUAUAUUGAUGCAACACACUUUUGCCACUUUGGAUUUCACAGCCACAGCCUUCCUCUUUAUUAGGGAGCUCAAAACCCAUGCGCCGCCACAGCCUGCUGCUACAGCACUUGACUCGCGCCGGCAGACGAGGUCCAGGUGUUGCUUUAUCAAUUCGAGCGCUCAAAAAGGCGCCGUCAAAGUCAUGUUCAUGUAACCAUAGCCUGAGAUCCUUUUCGGGCCGGGCUGCCAGAACCAAUGAGCUCGAACAGCUCAGCACUAGGCAAGGCAGGAAUCGCCGUGAUUCGCAUCUCUGGUCCGGCAUGCUUAGACAUAUACAGAGCCCUGUGUCCAUCAAAGGCACUGCCAAAGCCUAGAUACGCCUCUGUGCGAUCGUUACUCGACCCAAAGCUUACCGGACUCCAACGAAGUGUGCUGGAUUCGGAGGCAGUAGUCCUCUUCUUUCCUUCGCCCAAAACGGUAACCGGAGAAGAUGUAUUAGAGCUGCACAUUCAUGGUGGCACAGCUACGAUCAAGGCGGUUCUAGCAGCUAUCCCGCAGUGUCUGUCUGAGCAUCGGAUCCGCUACGCCGAGCCUGGGGAGUUUACUAAGAGAGCGUUCCUGAAUGAUCGUUUAGAUCUCGCUCGUGUCGAAUCAUUAGGCGACAUUCUCUCUGCAGAGACAGAGCAGCAGCGGCGCGCAGCCGUCAGGGGAAACUCGGGAGUGUUGGCUCGCAACUAUGAGAGCUGGAGAGAGGAACUUCUCCUGGCCCGGGGAGAGAUCGAGGCGUUGAUCGACUUUUCAGAAGACCAACAUUUUGAUGAAUCACCGACGGAUUUGCUAGACAACGUAGCGAGGUUAGUGGACAACAUUCUCCGAGGCAUUCACCUGCACGAGCAGGGUGGCCAGAGGAGUGAGUUGCUGAGAAGCGGUAUCCGAAUCGCACUGCUUGGGCCGCCAAACGUGGGUAAGAGCUCGUUGAUGAACUUGAUUGUCGGCCGUGAAGCUUCGAUUGUUUCUGGCGAGGCUGGCACCACCCGAGACAUUGUAGAGGCUAGCCUCGAUAUUCGAGGAUAUCUGUGCUCCUUUGCGGACACGGCCGGAUUCAGGUCGAGCGAUGAUCUAGGACCGUCGGGGCCGGUUGGGGCAGUAGAGCUGGAGGGAAUUCGUAGAGCAAGGCAAAAGGCACAGCAGUCAGAUAUCGUUAUCGUUCUGGCAUCUCUUGAAAACGGGCCGUCCGGUCCGUUCAUCCUCUACGACCAGGAAACGCUGGACAUUGCCGCAGCGGCCGAAGCUCGCCUUAUCGUGGUAAACAAGAGAGAUACGGUCGAGCCCGCAGAACUCCAAAGGAUGCUGGAUGAAUUUCGCCAAAGAUUAGGCGAAAAAGUCCCCAGGCUGGGAUCGGCCCAAAUAGCCGCCAUCUCCUGCAAGGAGGCCAGCCUGAGCUCUGAGCUGGGCAACAAGGAUCCAGGACGAAUCCACGCUCUGACAGAGACCUUGGUAGGCACUUUCUCGCAAAUGACAGAGAUGCCUGUCGACUUGCAGGAUCUGUUGGGGGUGACGGCACGCCAGGCACAGCUCCUGGCCCGAUGCAGGGGCCAUCUGGAGGAGUUUCUGGCGGAAGCGCGCCCGGAGGAUGCGAGUGUCGAGGCGGACACGGUGCUUGCGGCGGAGUAUUUGCGGUAUGCGGCGGAUUGCCUGGCGCGCAUCACUGGCAAGGGGGAGGCUGGCGAUGUGGAAGAUGUCCUGGGCGUGGUCUUUGAAAAGUUUUGCGUGGGAAAGUAGAGACUCAAGGUUAGAGAGAAAACUCUUGUACUAUUAUUCUACACUCUAGAUAAACAAGUUGGGAAAAAGCAAGAAGAAGUGAAGAGAAAGAAACGGUGCUGUAAAGCUUCAGAGGUCUACCCAAAAACAGAAGAAACAAAUCGACCGAACCCAUCCAUG